AGCUGGUUCAUAUCUUCGUACAAUAACUGACAGUUGUGUGUUUCAAAAGAAGGCGGCAACGCAUUUAUUCCGCGGUCGAGCUUUUAUUCACAAAAUACAGCGUUUUCCCGCUUAUUCAGUUUAAUUUGGAUUACACAAGCAGGCGAAGACACAAAGGUUUGCAAUUGUAUCGAUUGUUGUAUCCGCCUUCCCACUGAGUUUCGUUAUCCGCGGCGUCACGCCAUUCUGUACAGAAGCUUCUCAAAAUGGCAUCCGCUCGAGGGUUUGCAAUUUUUAACAACCAAUAUCAAGCAAACGGAAAUCAAUUUGCAGGAAAAAAUGUCCAAUCGCUAAAAGGAAACGAGUCGCGUUCUUCUUCCGCUUUUGCACUGAAGGAUCUAACCAACAAUAAUAAGACGCAGCGUACCAUUGUACAUCAAGAUGGCAAAGGGAAAGCCAGUAACACGCAGGAGAAACAGAUCAAAUCGGCAACGAGUAGCAUUUUGCAAAAAAUUGGAUUAAACAACGAAAAAGCUACUGCCCACAAACCACCAUCGCAUUGUUGCGAUGAUAUGUUUAGUCCACAGUACGCUGAAUACGCUUGGGAGAAAGCCUCUUGUCUGCGCGAUGAUCUUUUGGAACAGAUGAUCGAUUUCCAUGGAGUCCCAAGUAACAUCAAACGCAAACCGCUGCCCCCGCUCCAUCCGGAUCCGCUGAUGGACUUACCAGAUCUGCACGAUGACUCAUGGGCUAAGGAUGAGUUCUGGCCUUUGAAGGAAGAUCGUUUUCCUUCGGUGAAACCUUUGGAUCUACCUGCCGAUGAUUUCCCACUGGUGGACAUUCAGGAUUUGGAGUUUAUGUUUUAGAUUGUAGUGUCUCGUAUUUAAAAAUGUAUGUUGUACAAAAUUGGUCAAUCACAGGAGCAUGUUGUAACAAGUACCAGUUUUGUUUAACCUUAAAUUGUAGAAGUGUUACCAUUGUUUAUGCAAACAAGGCCUAGAAUUAGAAGGAUAGUCUUACAUGAACCGAACUGAUGUAAAUACAUACCAAAUAGACCAGCACGCCC